AAACACACAUUUUACACGACAACGGAAGUAAAGCUCCCCCUUGUUCCCUUAGUAACUCUGUCAGGUUUUGGACCUGAUAUCCCCAUAUAAUAACACAAUGAUAUCGUUUUUGUUGCUCAUUAGUACUUUUAGCUUACUUCCCGGGACUGAGGCGAUCUCAUUUUAUCUCCCUGCUCAUGGAAAGAAGUGCUUGAAGGAGGAAAUCCAUAAAGAUGUUCUGGUAACGGGACAGUAUGAGGUGUCUGAACAACCGGGUCUUUCGUCAAACCUCAUGGUCAGAGACUCCUCAGGACACAUUCUUUAUUCCAAAGAAGAGGCAAAGAAAGGAAAAUUUGCCUUUACAACUGAUGACUAUGAUGUGUAUGAAGUCUGCUUUGAGAGCAAGGGUACAGUUGGUAACUUAAAGUUGCCAGACCAGCUGAUUAUCCUUGAUGUCAAACAUGGUGUGGAAGCAAAGAAUUACGAAGCUCUUGCCAAAGCAGAGAAGUUGAAGCCACUCGAAGUAGAACUGAGACGGCUUGAGGACCUGUCGGACUCUAUUGUAAAGGACUUCAUGUACAUGAAGAAACGAGAAGAAGAGAUGAGAGACACAAAUGAAUCCACCAGUCUACGUGUUCUGUACUUUAGUGUGUUUUCCAUGCUCUGCCUUGUUGCCCUUGCCACUUGGCAGGUUUUCUACCUCCGGAGAUUCUUCAAGGCAAAGAAACUCAUCGAGUGAUUUUGUAGACUGGAUCUGUAGAUAUCAGCAUUGCAGUCUGUAGUUUGUAGUCUCGAGUGCCACCAGACACAGGGUGUCAAGUUGUAAGCUAAUAUGAAAAUAUGCCAACACUCCUUUGUUCCAUCGUUUCACUCUCCUUCCAUGUUACUGUAGGUUUUUGUUUAUAAUAUAAAUAACAAUGUAAGGCUUUUGCUGGAAGAAGUACCCCAGUAUAGUUCAUGAUUACUUUUGUGUAAUAGAGAUCAUCCAAAGUUAAUGAACUUUGUAUGCCUUUUUUUGUUAUUUAUUAUAAUACAUGUAAGACCAUUUGGUUUGCUCUGAAUAAAUGGAAUUAAACAUU